CCUACUUCAUCAUUUCCAUCACCGCACAUUCUCCCAAGUCCCAACCCAUCUAAGAUCUUUUCUUUCCUUUCGGUGUAUUCGAGAUGGCUUCGAAGGCUCUAGCAACCACCGCCCUUCUCCUUGCCCUAAACCUCCUCUUCUUCACUUUGGUCAGCUCCACCUCUGUCCCUUGCCCACCCGCACCAAAACCUAAAAACCACCACAAAAAGCCACCGGCCAAGGCUGUUUGCCCCAAGGACACCCUCAAGUUGGGUGUGUGUGCUGACUUGUUGAAUGAUUUGCUUCACGCUGUUGUUGGAACCCCACCAAAGAGCCCUUGCUGCAGCCUCAUUGGGGGUCUGGCUGAUCUUGAAGCCGCUGUCUGCCUUUGCACCGCCAUUAAAGCUAAUGUCUUGGGCAUUAAACUAAAUGUUCCAGUUUCACUUAGCUUGCUCUUGAACUACUGCGGCAAGAAGGUCCCAACCGGCUAUCAAUGCGCAUAGUUCUCCGCUCUAGUUCUCACUACAUCUCAAGUUACCUAAACUAUUUCCCUUCUUUUUUUUCUGUGUUUAGAAUUUGGAGUGCUUAUGGGUUUGUCUAAGGUAUCGGUAAUGCACGUCCAGUGCAUAUUUCAAUAAUGUUUCCCUCGUAAUUAAAUGUCUUUUUCUAUUUGUUUCAAGGGUCGAAGGCUAUUCCCUUCCUCCGCACCUAUGUCAAUUAAUUUCCCUUUCUACAAGGCUGAAACCAUGAAAUACUCUUUCAGAAUAGAAAGAGCUAGUGAAUUUACAUUAGCCUACUUGCUUUUAA